GAGAGAGAAGACGACGAGAGGAGGGAAGGGGAAAAGCGAAAGCAAGGCUAUGGCGCGAGGGAUCUCAGGGCUCGCCUACCCGGAGCGCUUCUACUCGGCGGCGUCCUACGCCGGAUUUGACGGAUCUUCCGAUUCCUCCAAGGGAGUCACUUCCAAGUUCUCCAAUGACGCGGCAUUGCUCCUCUACGCUCUCUUCCAGCAGUGAUGCUUGUGGAGAAGUGAUAUGGUUGCAUGAUUGCCCUGUUGCUAGCUAAUCACCAUGCACAGGCUGCGCUCACCACGCCACUGUAGGACCUUGCAAUGCUCCAAAACCUAGAGGUUGGAGUCCUGUCGAGCAAAGCAAAUGGACAAGUUGGCAUGGGCUGGGAAACAUGGCUCAAACUGAGGCCAUGCGACUCUUCGUGAAAAUCCUGGAGGAGGAAGAUCCAAGUUGGUAUUCAAGGGCAUCUAAUUUUGUCACUGAGCCCGUUGUGGAUGUGGAAAUGAAUCACACAUCAAACACAAAACCGUUCGUAGAGAAUGGACAUUCAAUUCCCGAGACGAAAACCAUUGCCGCUGAGAAUGGCAUAGUUAAUGAAAUUGAGGAUAAAGACAUCAUCUCAGAUGGUCCUGGUUCAAUUGCUGUCUACGAUCAAUGGGUUGCACCUCCAGUAUCUGGGCUGCGACCUAAAGCCCGUUAUGAGCAUGGAGCAGCAGUCAUUCAAGACAAAAUGUAUGUGUAUGGGGGAAACCACAAUGGUCGUUACCUCAGUGAUCUUCAUGUGUUAGAUUUGAAAAGUUGGACUUGGUCGAAGGUUGAUGCGAUUUUUAAAUCUGAUUCCUCGGAGUCGCAAAAUCCUGGGCUAGCAACUCCUCGUGCUGGGCAUUCAUUGAUUACUUGGGAUAAUAAGCUUCUCUCAAUUGCUGGACAUACAAAGGACCCAUCAGAAGGCAUCCUAGUUAAAGAGUUUGAUCCACAGAUCAAUACCUGGUCAACCUGGAAGACUUAUGGAAAACCACCAAUCUCUCGUGGAGGUCAAUCUGUGACCCUUGUUGGGACAAGCUUAGUGAUAUUCGGUGGACAAGAUGCAAAGAGAUCUCUUUUGAAUGAUCUACAUAUCCUUGAUCUCGAGAGCAUGACAUGGGACGAAUUUGAUGCUGUGGGAAUUCCUCCAUCGCCGAGGGCCGAUCAUGCUGCUGCAGUACAUGCAGAACGUUACCUUCUUAUCUUUGGUGGCGGCUCACAUGCUACAUGUUUCAAUGAUCUCCACGUUCUCGACCUUCAAACAAUGGAAUGGUCAAGACCCAGCCAGCAGGGGGAGAUACCCACUCCUCGAGCAGGUCAUGCAGGUGUAACAAUUGGAGAUAAUUGGUUUAUUGUUGGUGGUGGCGACAACAAGAGCGGUGUCUCUGAAACUGCCGUCCUCAAUAUGUCCACUCUUGCUUGGUCCGUGGUAACUACUACAAAGGGACGUGUUCCUGUUGCCAGUGAGGGAUUGAGUCUGGUUGUGAGCUCCUAUGAUGGUGAAGAUGUGCUGGUAUCUUUUGGUGGAUAUAACGGGCGUUACAGCAAUGAGGUUAAUGUCCUUAAACCAAGUCACAAGUCAACCUUACAGUCAAAGAUGGAGGCACUGAUUCCCGACAGUGUUGCUGCUAUGCAAAAUGCUACGAAUGCCACCAGAGACUUGGAAUCCGAUUUUGAAACAGGCCAGGACGGUAAAAUUAGGGAAAUUGGAGUCGACCAUGUUGACUCCGAUCCCAAGAAAGCAAAGGGCGAGGAAGGCAGUAAAUAUCUCUUGGCCACCCUCAAAGCUGAGAAAGAAGAAUUAGAAUCUUUGCUAAAUGAAGAGAGGUUGCUGUCUCUUCAGUUAAAGCAAGAAUUAUCAGAUGCUGAAAAUCGCCAUUCAGACCUAUACAAGGAGCUCCAAUCUGUACGUGGUCAGCUAGCAGCUGAGCAGUCAAGAUGUUUUAAACUUGAGGUUGAUGUUGCAGAGCUAAGGCAGAAACUGCAAACGUUGGAGACGUUGCAAAAGGAGCUGGAGCUCCUCCAAAGACAGAAGGCUGCUUCGGAACAAGCUGCACUGAAUUCGAAGAGGCAGAGCUCGGGUGGGAUGUGGACUUGGCUUACGGGAACUCCUCCGAGCCAAAAGGAGGAGGAGGAAGCCUGAGAGUUAUAGCUACCUACACUCUUCCUGUUUAGUCAUCAAGCUUCAGGUCUUAGUGAUUAAUUCAUUAUUAACGUUAUACAGGAAGAAAAAACAGAAUUACUCUAGUUAUACGCUUAAUCCCCUCAAGUAGCCUCUCGUGAUGGACUUUUGCUUGGAGUUCUGUAAAUUCGAAAGUUGUCGGGCUUAAGACUGAUGUAUUUUCCCAUUGCAAUUUGUUACUUGAGUCUGCAGUUGACAUGCAUAUACGUGAUAUGAGGGGAUCAGAGGGGGCCGAUUCGAGGAUGCGACACAACAGGAAAUUCCUAAAGAGACUUGUUCAUUUUUCUUCUUGUCUGCUUCUCUUCUCUAGGAAUGAAUCCGUAGUUUUCUUGAUUACCAGGUUUGAUUACUAACUAGAGCCGUGCACUGUUACAUUGCCCUUGUUAUCUCAGGUACAAACUUAUGGGAAGGUUAGACGGAGAUUUUGAUCAA